AUGCCCAACUACACAAUAACACUGCCUAUUCCCGACCAGGAAAUGCCACUGGCGUUGACCACCAUGUGGAUGGUCUUCAAGGUCGAGGAUACAGAUGAAGCUGCUAGUGCUCUAAAAGCAGGACUAAAGAAGACUGCUACUCAGAUGCCUUUUCUGUCUGGUGUCCUAUGGGAGGAUGCCGAUGAUGAUUACAGGACUAAAAUUUCCUGGUCCGACAAUGAUCCAUCUAUUCCCUGUGAUAAGCUUCAAGGCGAUGAUCUACCUGGCUACGAUGAGCUUGAUACCAUGGGAAUGCCGCUCCACGAGUUUAAACAGCACGACUUCUACGGCCCAAAGCUGAUGUCUACCAUGAUGAGAGCAUCCAAAAAGCCGGCCUUGUAUGUGUCCUACACAGAGAUCAAGAGCGGUCUAAUCGUCAUGCUGGCAGCGCAUCAUGGCCUCGUAGAUGGGGUCGGGCGUGAAAAUAUCCUCAAAAUCCUUGCACUGAAUGUUCGGGGUCUGUCCACAACGGAAUGUGGAAUCAACCCUACGGAACCUCUUGACGGAGGGUCAUUGCUCGAUGCGAUCAAGGCAAUGGCUUUGCCUGACACCGAAAAGGAAAUCUCUAUUUCAUCAGUAGCAGAUGCAGCUCGUGUCGAAGUCAAUGACAGUGUACAUGGGUUGAGCGCGAAUAUCAGGAGUGUUCUCAUGAGAUGGUCUGUCCGGAAGCUUGAAGAGCUGCGCAGCGAACUGCGCCAACAUACAGACUUCCCGUUCACGCUGAGUACAAUGGUGACGGCCUUGUUAUGGGUAUUGACUCUCACUGCACGUCUUCAUACUACCCAAACUGGCGGGCCAUCGGCGCAUUGUCUAAAAGACGAGUGUUCUGACCUUUACAUGGCCUGUAACAUGCGUGGUUUUCUUAAGAAGGCUGGUUAUCUGGACAAGACGAAUCAGAUCCGUAAUCUUAUAUCAUUUCUGGAGCCACACCCGAGAAUUGCCUACGAUUCCGUCUUAUCCAACCAGAAGAUUAGCUUAAAGCUAUCAGGACAUGCCGUUGAGUGUCCUGCUAUACUACCUUGUGUCGUCGAUGACAUCACCCGGGCCCUUUCAAACAUGAAUGCAGAUGCUGCAAUCGUUCGGUGGACAAAACACUACCCUGAGUCUGGCUUUGACUAUCGCCAGCUUCGCGACCUUAGCUUUCUUUUCAAAGGGACGAACUUUGAUGUGGCAAAUUGGAGUUCACUCGAUCUGCUUCCUAACUUUGGUCCAGUCAUGGGGCAUCGUCCUGCUUAUAUCCGUCUUAUGCCAGCAAGAGUAGAUGGGCUCGCGUUUAUUCUUCCCAGACAUCGAGAUGCCAUAUGCGGUCCUGAGCACAUGGAUCGUUUUGAUGUCAUGAUGAACUUGAAGGAUGUAGACAUGGAUGAGAUCGUACAAAACUCGAUAGUGAAGGCAGUGACUGCGUAG